AUGGCAACCAACGGUUCUAGGUCAGCAUUCGGCCUUACGAGGCAUGCCGUUAGGCAUUGCCAGUCGGCGACCCGAGUUGCGUCACCUGCGCAGUGCCUCGCCCGAACCUUUGCGACGGCAACCGACAGCAAGAUCGAGCAAUUGUCAAGGAGAACCGAGGAGGCAGAGCGACCUGAUGAGGUUCGCCAGCGCCCGCGAUGGUCCUAUACCCCCGAGGCUAUGAAGGCGCCCUUCUCGCCGCACAUCACCAAGAACCCUGCCCGCAGCGUCUGGAAGGUGAAUGAUGACCCCAAGAAGCUGGACCAGAUGUACGCGCGGUUUUUGGGACGGGACGGAGACAAGAUGCUGCCUGAAGAGGUUAAGUGGUUGGCGGUCACGCACAAGAGUUUCGAUCAGGGUCGUCGGGGUUUCAACGACAGGCUGGCGUAUCUGGGUCGGCAAGCGGUUGUCCUCGAGACUACACGAAGCAUAUUGGCAUCUGAAAAGCAGGGUGCCAUCGUUCCAGAUGAGCAUGGUCGCGAGCCCUUCAAGAACCCGGCCCUUGCCAAGGUCGAUAACCUCAACGUCGAAUUGCCGAAUCAGGUGGUCACCAAGGAGAAAAUUGAGCAGCUGGCUGUCGAUGCUGGCAUCGACAAGGUUUUGCGGUGGAAGCCGGCAAAGCCUGAAAACCUUGCCGGUUCGGGUCAGCAGGUUGUGCUCAACUCGGCUGUCUUCGCCAUUGUCGGGGCCAUCAGCCUCCAGCACGGCGCCGAGGUGGCAGGCAGAGUUAUUAGGGAGAGAAUAUUGAAGCCGAUCUCGCUCAGGCAAUAA